AGAGAAUUCAGGAUGGGUUCAUACCCUGCUUCCCAGGAUCUCACACCGAUUGCAGGAGCGUUGUAACACCCAGUUUGGCACAUGGCUGGAUGCCACAGAUCACCGCCUCUCCUCUCAAUCAGAAACACCACAUGAAAAAGGAAGCAUUUUGUCAACUUUCAUUGCACCCCUGAAGUAUUUGAAUCCUUCAGCAGCAAACAUGGAAAAUGAGGAGAAUUUAAAUAUAAGCAGUGCUGAAGUAAAGGAGAACCGUAACAUUGGCAAUUUAGAAGAUCAUUCAGUUACUUCUAAUGAAAGAUCAAGAGUAGCAGCUUCCAGGGUCAAAAGAAAAAGGCCUCUAGAAGAGGGCAACAGUGGACAUUUCUGCAAAUUUCAGCUCAUCUGCAAGAAGAUCUCAUGGUCUGUAACACCAAAGAAUGCCCUGGUUCAGCUGCAUGAACUUAAACCUGGCUUACAAUAUAAAAUGACUUCCCAAACAGGUCCUGUCCACGCUCCAGUAUUUGCAGUUGCUGUGGAGGUCAAUGGACAUACAUUUGAAGGCACUGGUCCAACAAAAAAGAAAGCUAAAAUGAGAGCCGCCGAACAAGCCCUCAAGUCAUUUGUGCAGUUUCCCAAUGCAUCUCAAGCUCACUUUGCCAUGGGAAAUUGUUUCAACCCUUCUACAGACUUUACGUCAGACCUGGAAGACUUUCCAGACACUCUGUUCAAGGAGUUUGAACCAUCUGCACACAAUAAGGAAUUCUCAGUCUGUAGCCCGGUUAAUAACGAAUGGCUUUCCAAGGCCUGCCGUCAAGGGAAGUUAUUCUACCACACGUUGGACUUCAUGGGCCACCCUAAACAAAACAAGCACAAGAUGGCGUCCACAGCCAAGAGUGAAAAGAACCCAGUGGUGUUGCUCAAUGAGCUGCGGUCAGGACUGAGGUACGUCUGCCUUUCGGAGACUGUGGAGAAGCAGCAUAUCAAGAGUUUUGUGAUGGCUGUGAGAGUGGAUGGGAGAACAUUUGAAGGCUCGGGACGUAGCAAGAAGCUGGCUAAAGGUCAAGCAGCACAGGCUGCGCUGCAGGCCCUCUUUAACAUUCGUCUGCCCAGUCACAUUCCCAGCAGGAGCAAAUGUAAUCAUUUGCCACAGGAAUUUGCUGAUUCCGUGUACCAAAUAAUUACAGAGAAAUUUCAGGAAGUGACGGAUAACUUUGCUGCCCUCCAUGCAUGUCACAGAUCUCUUGCAGGAAUUGUAAUGACUAGAGGUAUGGACAUUCAGCAGGCUCAGGUUAUUGUGCUCUCUUCAGGCACCAAAUGCCUAAAUGGAGAAUAUCUUAAUGAUCAAGGACUUGUGGUCAACGAUUGCCAUGCAGAAAUUGUGGCUAGGAGAGCUUUCAUUCACUUCCUUUACUCACAGCUGGAGCUGCACUUGAGACAACAAGAAGACAGCGAACGAUCAAUCUUUGUGCAGUUAAAAGAGGGAGGCUACAGGCUAAAAGAGAACAUUCUGUUCCAUUUAUACGUGAGCACAUCACCUUGUGGAGAUGCACGCCUCAAUUCCCCUUAUGAAAUCACAUCUGACUUGAACAGCGUUAAGCACAUAGUAAGAAAGUACCGUGGGCAUCUUCGAACAAAGAUUGAAUCUGGAGAAGGAACAAUUCCAGCUAGAUGUACCAGCGCAAUUCAGACAUGGGAUGGCGUGUUGCUUGGGGAACAGCUAAUCACAAUGUCUUGCACAGACAAAAUUGCCAGAUGGAAUGUCCUUGGGUUACAAGGCGCACUUCUUAGCUACUUCAUCGAGCCAGUAUAUUUGCAUAGCAUUAUUGUGGGAAGCCUCUCUCACAUUGGUCACCUUUCACGGGUAAUGAGCCAUAGAUUAGAAGAUGUUGGUCAACUGCCAGCUUCAUACCGGUGUAAUCAGCUUCUCCUGAGUGGAGUGAAUAAUGCUGAAAGGAGGCGGGCUGGGAAAUCUCCUGGUUUUAGCAUGAAUUGGAUAGCAGGCACAGCAGACUUAGAGCUUAUUAAUGCCACAACAGGGAAAAAAACCUGUGGGAAUUGUUCACGACUCUGCAAGCAUAUGUUUUACACUCAGUGGGCAAAGCUUUAUGGAAAGCUGAGCACACCGAUAUCAAGCCAUGGAGAAGUGCCAUCAGUGUACAGCGAGGCCAAGCUGGUGGCACAUGUCUAUCAGUCUGCCAAACAGCAGCUGUUCGGAGCUUUUCAGAAGGCAGGCCUGGGCACUUGGGUGAAAAAACCCCCAGAGCAAGAUCAGUUUCUACUCAUGGUGUGAAUCAUUUGGCAUGUUGGUAACAUGACCCCCUUGAAAGGACUGGAGGGAAGAGAACUACUCUACUGGAGCCGGAGAGAGACGUCAUGUGAGACCCCGUUCAACCCAAGUCAGAACCUUGUAUCUAAAUGUGUUAGAUAUGAGAUACAUUCUGGUUAAUGCACUGAACCUUUAGGAAACUGCUUUUACAUACCCAUCCCUUCUCAAGGAUGUACAAGCCCAGGUUACAAAAACGACCUUCACUGUUUGUUCCUUGUUUGUAGCACAUUGCUGUAAUUAUCUAAGCAGCACCUGUAUUUCAGGCAACAGCAGGUUGCAAGUUGCGUCUGGCUGAAAAACAAACAAAACCAUCAGCCCUCUAGUGUUCCUCUUCACCGUUAGUGCAAUAAUUAUAGGAGGAUGAGGGAUUUUUAUAGAUUGCAAACAUAUGCAGGAAUUAGCACACACUGAAACAUGGAAAGUUAGGUGUCUCUGUCUCUCUGUAGGGGUGUGAGAGAGAGGGAGGAGGUGGGAUUUCAGACUACAAGCCUAAACAGUGGCAGCCCAGAGCUUUACAAAAUCUGUUCAGUACAUCAGAAUAAGGGGAAUAGAAAAGCAAGAUAGAAAAGCAAGUUCAAUGCAGGGAGCAUAGUAUAUCAGAAAGAAGCAAGGAAAAGCUUGCAUGUCUUUAUCUUGCAUUUAGAAAAUAAUGGUUCCAAGAUUGAUUGAUGCCACAUCAUGGCUAUCCUGUUUUUGACAUACAAUGAAUCUAUCAUGCAGCUGGUUGCACUCAGCAAAUAUACAGCACAUGAUAACCAUCAGCUGCUAUUUGGAAGGUCUCCAGUUACGCAUAUUGAAUAACUAUCAGCUGCCAUUGAAGGUCUCCAGUUAAGCAUAUUGAAUAUAGCAACUGCUUGCCACUGUCAAAUGGGUCCAUCCUUCUCCUCUGGGUUCCAACACAUGGGAGGCAACUGUGAAAAUACUGUUAGUUUCUAUAAAUCAGAGGUCUUCAAACCUGGCAACUUUAAGACCUGUGGAGGAAAUUAUGAUUUGCGCUGGCUGGGGAAUUCUGAGAGUUGAAGUCCACAAGUCUUAAAGUUGCCAAGGUUGGAAACCCCUGCUAUAAAUUAAAAACAUUGUAGAAGGCACAAGAAGAAGAAAUUGCAGAAGAGUUGAGAGGGAUGGAUGGCUCCGGCUGGAAUAUGGCAAAAAACGGAGGACAGGCAAUGAUCUGAAAACUCAUACUGAAAGGAAUUGAGGAGGCAGCUUGAAUGGAAAAGGAUUGGUAAAAGACAGAGCAAGGUUGUAGAUGGCUGGGAGAGAUGAGAUGUCUACAAAGAGUUUGAUAGGGGUAUAAUUUUGGGACAUGGGCAUCACAUCCUGCACCAGAUGGCCAUUGGGCUGCAUGCUUCUCAGAAACCACAUUUUUUUGCACUCUAGUUAUAAGAGACACAGACGUGCCCAUUGCUGCAAGAGAUGACUCACACUUCAAGUUGGUUGAAAGCACAUCACAGAAGACCUCCCAGAUGCACAUACCAUAUUUAAGUCAAGUUGCAUUACAUUUCAUCUAUCUCCUUGCAACUCAUAUGCAGAAUGAAAAAAACAUUUAAUUAGGGCUCCAAAACUCAGUAUAGCUGUUAACAACACAUCCCUUUUGUCUUUAGCAUAAUCCUUACCAUUUGGAUCUUCUGAGAUCCUUAAUUACAAUCUGGUCUAGGACCAGCCAGCUCAAAAAUCUGAAAUUGCAGAAAUUGGAGAAGAACGUCAAUAUUGUACAAAUGCCAAUGGAAAGCAAUCUAGUAUGUUUAAAAUAUUCUAAUAUCAACAUAGUGUGCAUUGGAAUGUUUUUCUGAGGGAGGAAUUGGCAUAUAUUAAUACUGGAAGAGCCCCAAAUAGGAUGCUAAUUCUACUCUUACACUGUUUGCUCAUAUUCUCUUGCCUAUCAAGUAUAGUAUGAAACUUCUAUAAUUUAUGUGGACCAGAGAUGCAGGGUGAGUGUCCUGUGUCAUGAUUGCCCACAAAUCUGUUGUCCUAGAAAGAUUCUAUCUCCAAUUCUAUAUGAGGGAUAAUCUGCAGCCCAUCUAGACAUUACAGCUUCUUUAGAUGCACAAUUCUUAACCUUGAUAACAUUUUAAAAUGUGGAUGGGGGUUUCACUCUACUUCAUAGCUAUGAUCAAUUUUCUAAUGUCUAGUAGACCUAAAGGCAGCCUCAACCAGCACAACAUCCUAUGAACGAGGCUUCCUCAAUUUCCUACUUAGCACAGUUGGGCCAGCCAAAGGCCUAACAUUUUUUUCACCAUCCAACUUUCUCCUUGAGUGAUUGAGGUCCGAAUCUUGUCAUUAUUUUUAAAUAUGCUAAACAGUUCUCCGUUGCUGCCAUCGAUCAAAGUACAUGUUUAGAGCAGAGGUCUCCAACCUUUUGAGCACCAGGGACCGGUUCCAUGGAGAGAGGUUUUCUGCAGUCCGGAUGGGGUGUGGUUUCAUGUACUGCCUGCAUCCCAUGGAUGGGGCUUUGCUUGUUUGCGUGGACUAGUUUCUGGCAUGCCACAGCCCGGUGCUGGUCCACAGACUGGGGGUUGGGGAUCCCUGGUUAGAGCAUUGUUGCAAAAUGAAAAAAAAAUAAUUCACCUUCCCAAUUGGGUGUUCUACAGAUGUGAUGGACUGUAAACAUCAGUUUUAUUUAACACUGUGUAGUCCAGCAUCACCAAGUUGGACUGGUGAUAUCUUAAAUGAUUGGCAUGAUAUUCACCCGAUGUAGAUGUUAUUUAGGAUGCCCAAAACAUUAUAGAAAAUCUAAGCACCUCCAAAAUUUGUCUUUACCCAAAUUGUAGUUCUUUUUUUUGUUGUUGUUAUUGUUUCACAUGACAGGAUGUGCGGGUGUAGUGUUAUUGUUUCUAACUUUUAGUUUUCAUGAAUUGUGUAUAUAUGAACGUGCUGUUCCUGAUUUGUCUUGGUGUAUCUUCUUAGAGCUAUCCAACCAAGUUAUAUCUCAUACACAAGAGCAGAGUUCAUUCUCGCACUUGUUGCAUGAGACUUCUCCCCUAGAACUCCCUUGAUGCUAUCCGUUUUCUGCAAAUAAAGUUAGAUGCUCUGUAUAUAAGCUCUUGAGAGCCAUACCGAGUAAAUACAUUUGUUUAUUAAUGUCACAGGAUAGGACUAGCUGCUGUAUUUUAAUGAAUUUUAGAUGAUAAAUUACAAGAUGUAGCUAUAGUGUCUGUACAAAUACAAUUAUUGUGAUAAACUAGAAAUUUUAAUUAAAUUUACAAAAGGAACACUCCCCUUGCAGAAAUGUGUUUUAACAAAUAAUACAUUCCAUGUUAACUACCCAAAAAAAUCUAUUUAGAGUAGAGAUAGUAGAAAACACAAACAAGUUAGGAAUAAAAAAAGGCUUUGUGAUGAUAACAAGUGCUUAAUUUUGAAAUUGAGAUUUUCCACUUGACUUUGAGUGACUUCUUCAUGGCCAUCUCCAUGGUUGCUCAGCAUAUUUUUUACUUCUACCCAACUUGAAAAAGAAGAUUUACUUUCAAGUUUCCAAAAAGAAUAAACACUCUCAUCAAGCAAAAGGGAGCACUAGUUCCAGAAUUAUCUUUAGUUCCAAGAAAGACUUUGCAUUCUCUAAGAUUCUUGUACAUAGUCUCAGAAUAUUAAAAAUGUCAACACUCUGUGUGGACAUAUGCCCACCUUUAGAAAAAUAAACAAAAGUUGGGUAUGUUGAGGAACAUCCUGUGAAAAGGAAUGGAUGGAAGCACAAUUUGCUUUCGUAAGAGGAUAUUUAAUGACUGGCUAUCUUCCUAACAGCCAUAUUGUGAGAGCACCCACAAAGACACUUUCUCAAAUUUCCAAAAAUACUCAUAAGUCUCAAAGAACUGGAGAAAGGAGAGAAUAGUUUCAGGAAGAAUCCAUGAAAGUUAUGAUCCUCUAAAUUUUGCUGAAACUAAUGAAAUUUCGUAUUUGUUGUCCUCUAUUCAUCCAUGUUUGUUUGGAAGUAAACUCUACUGGCUUGAGUGCUCCUUACUCAAAUGGGAGAUAAGAUUGCAUUAAAUCUCAUGCAUUAAGUUUUCAAAAAUCCCACGUUUGAAUGCUUGACGCUAUUUUCCCUUCCAGAUUUAUUCUGAUUGAUUGACUGACUGAUUGAUUGUUUGUCUAUUGCCCCUACUCCUCAAUUUUCCCUGCUAUGAAAACAGACUUUUUGGUUAACUUACUAGCUUUCCAAAUUCAGGAUGUUUUUGAUCAAUCUCAUACACACUUAUGAAGUCGGGCCAUCACAUUAUCUUUUUAUUUUCCCCGUGAGACUCAAGCACAUAAAAAGAACCUCCUGUUGUAUGUGGGGUGGCCGCUUAGAAAAGAUUGCCCCCUCUGCCUGGGAGACUGUGAGUCUGUCACAAUAGCUCAGUGGAACCUACCUCACGGGUUGUUGUAAGAUUAAAAUGAGAACAGAUAUAUGAAUCCUAAAUGAAAAGGUAACCUUUGGAGGAAAGUUAGAUAAAAUAUAAUAAUAACAUCUCUGCAAUUUGGUUUUGUGUUUCAGUACGUGGGCCAAAGCUGCUAACAGAUCACAUUAAAGUGCCAUUUUACUAACAGGGUGGUUUUUCCAAAGUUAUCUUUAUAGUUGAAAAAUAUGUAACGCUUUCUUAGAAUUUCCAUAUCAGUACAGCAUUCCUCUUCCAUAUAUGAAACAAACUUGUGGAAUUUCACAGAAACCUACUCAUACUCGGCAUUUCCUGUGGCCCAUUGGAUACAGAGAUAUGCCUCUGCCCCUUCCAUUAUUGCAAGCCGGUUAUAACUCCAGAUCCCAUACAUACAAGAGAAGUUCCUGCUAACUUCCACUGGAAGUUUUGUGAACUGCUUGACAUGAGGCCUGAGGACCAAUAAGACUGUUCAUUUUGUACUCUGAAACCUCAGUUCAGUUCAAACUCCAUGCUUACUAUUUAAUUACCCAGAUUCCCAUAGAACUUUUGAACUGCUUUCUUAAACUCCUAAUCAUUGUUGUCAGAGUAAUGAUGAUGAUUCUUCGGGGAAUCUUUAAUACUACCUAAUACUUAGCAAAUAUGUUGUCUAUUAAAAGAGCUCUGGAUGACGAUAAUGAUGAUGAUGUUUUUACCUUACUUUUUGCUUAUACAAGCACUUUUGUUGUUUUAGGAGUGACCAGUUCACCCAAUCCACCAGUUAAAGACAAUAUAGACUCAACAAAGAAAACAAGAAUUAUGGCAGAGGUUUCUUACACUGUAAACUUGACCAUGGAGAGUAUUGGAUAAUUUCAUGGAAAACCAUGAAAAUGUUGGUUUUGUCCUUUCAGAAUUUGAGUUCAAAGUCCAAAGCUCAUGCAAUAGCCCAACAUUUUGUAAUGAAGCUUCUUCCCAAUUGUACAUCCACAUUUCCAACACAGGAGAGAAUGGCGCUGCACUAGGAAUUCAAAGAGAAGACAGUGUAUAUAGUGAGCAUGGAUGAAUGGCAAUAUGGUACGAAUGGAUGUACAUUUGUAAGAUUUGUACAAACAAAAAGAACAAUUUCCAAGUGUGAAUUUGCUGCUAAAUUCUGUAAAUUGCACUUCAGUGAUAUCUGAUAAGUGAAUGUUUCUGUUAUAAGUGAAUAAAAUGCCUAGAAAAAAAUGUUUGUUUGCUGAUUUUGCUUUUUUUAAAAAAAAAAAUCACAAUUGCAUAUAACUGUCUCUUUGAAACAGAAUAUUUCUGCAGAUUGGAUGGGUUUCUCUGAAUUUCAUCAAAGGGGGAAUCUUAGGAAUGAUAAUAGCUGUGAAAAGGCUCUUAUGAUGUCCUAGCUUUGGGAAGCCUAGGUGUUGCAGAGAAGUGGAGAAAUAAUGAUUCAUUGGUCUCAUCCAUACAGCCUCUUUUACCAACAUCUAGAUUUUCUCUUUGUUUAUUUGUUUAAUGGUCUUUAGGGUCCUCCAAUGGCUAAUGACGGAGUGCCAUCCAUUGCAAAAUACUGAAUUAUGUUAGAAUAUAAAUUAAACCAUAAGAAUGGCCUAUGCCUCAUUUCUUGAGGACAUAGCCUCACAAUGUCAUGGCAUCAGCUUAUCACUAAGAUAAGCUAGAAUUAAGGAGAAAUUUCCUGACAGUUAGAACAAUUAACCAGUGGAACAA